GGGGCUCUGAGGGGCUCUGAGGGGCUCGGCGGGCAGCGAGCUCCGGGCAGCGGAGGGGCCGCCGGCAGGGGUGCGAGGAGAGUCCCCGGGGGCGGCCGCCGGCAGCGGGCGGCCGGCGGGGAGCUGCGUGCGGUGCUGUCGGGGCCCCCGUCGGCGGGUCGCGGCGAUGGGCAGCGUGCGGGGGCCCGGCGGGGCCGCUCUGCGUGCGCUGCUGUCGGUGGCCGCCGGGCUGCUGGCCUGCGGCGUGGCCAGCGAGUACGACUAUGUCAGCUACCAGUCAGACCUGGGCCCUUACCCUGGCGGGCGCUUCUACGCCAAACCGCACCAGUGUGUGGCCAUCCCCGCCGACCUGCGGCUUUGCCACAGCGUGGGCUACGACAAGAUGGUGCUGCCCAACCUGCUGGACCACGAGACCAUGGCCGAGGUGAAGCACCAGGCGAGCAGCUGGGUGCCGCUGCUCAACAAGAAUUGCCAUAUGGGUACCCAGGUCUUCCUGUGCUCCCUCUUUGCCCCCGUCUGCCUGGACCGGCCGGUCUACCCCUGCCGCUGGCUCUGCGAGGCCGUGCGUGACUCCUGUGAGCCUGUCAUGCAGUUCUUUGGCUUCUUCUGGCCAGAGAUGCUCAAGUGUGACCAGUUCCCCCAGGAUGACGUCUGCAUUGCUAUGACAGCUCCCAAUGCCACCGAGGUCUCCAGGCCCAAAGGAACGACCGUGUGUCCCCCUUGUGACAAUGAGAUGAAGUCAGAGGCCAUUGUGGAGCACCUGUGUGCCAGCGAGUUUGCUCUUAAGAUGACCAUAAAGGAAGUGAAGAAGGAGAAUGGGGACAAGAUGAUCAUUCCACGCAAGAGGAAGGCACUGAAGCUGGGGCCCAUCCGGAAGAAGAACCUGAAGAAGCUGGUUCUGUUCCUAAAAAACGGGGCAGACUGUCCCUGCCAUCAGCUGGACAACCUCAGCCACUACUUCCUCAUCAUGGGCCGCCAGGUGAAGACCCAGUACCUGUUGACAGCCAUCUACAAGUGGGACAAGAAGAACAAAGAGUUCAAGAAGUUUAUGAAGAAGAUGAAAUCACCCGACUGCCCGACGUUCCCGUCCGUGUUCAAGUGACGUGGCGGCUGGCGGGAGAGCCGCUCUCUGGACCUGCGGGCACGGCGGCUCCAUCUCGCUGCUCUGCAGCAGGGAUGCUGGAGCCCGGCCCUCCUGCUCCUCCAUCCUGCUCCUCAGAGCUCCCUCACUGAUCCCAGCCCUCCCACAUCCUUGGCCUGGUCGCCUGGGCACGCGCGUGCUCCGAGCAGUCGCCGAGGUCACACACGAUUCCCGUCUGCAUUGUGUAAGGACCCGUUGUUGUACAGAUGUGUACGGCCAUUGAAAUCGCAGCUGUCAGGUACAGAGGGCAAGCAGAGGGCUGUGAGGUGAUGUUAAGAGCUUGCAUGCUUGCUGAAAGGACCCUCGUGACCGCAUCACUCCUGUCUUCAUGGCUGCAGGAUUGCCCUGAAUUCCUGUACGAACCGGAGCUGGCUGAUUAGACAGAGAUCCUAUCUCAUGAUCAAAGUUAAUGAAUGAGUAGUGGAGAACCCAUUACAACCUCUGAUAAGAAUUCCUAAUAGCUAAUUGCCCUCACUGUAAAAAUAUCCCAUUAUAGUCUUAACCUGCUUAGUUGAAGCCUUAACCCUGGUUCCUUGUGGUGCCUUGUUGGGCUGGAGCCCUCUCUUACCAGCAUCUCUUGUGAUGUCUCCCUGGGUGCCUGCCUUGGCAUCUGCUGUGCCAGCUGAGCCCCUGUCGCCCAGUGCUGCACCCUUGGUGUCUCCUCGCUGUGUGCAGUGUGUUGUGCACGGGCAGAGGGGGCUCUCUGCCCACACCUGUGCCUUUGGCCUCGUGCAGGCCCCUGUCUCAGCAGUGUCCAGCUGAGAUCCCCUACCUGGCCUGAGGUCCCCUACCUGGGCUGAGAUCCCCUACCUGGCCUGAGGUCCCCUACCUGGCCUGAGAUCCCCUACCUGGCCUGAGAUCCCCUACCUGGGCUGAGAUCCCCUACCUGGCCUGAGGUCCCCUACCUGGCCUGAGGUCCCCUACCUGGCUGUGGCAGUUCCUGUGCACAGGUGGCCUGAGCUGCUGGUGCCCAGACCUGUCAUUCUGUUUUAAGCCUGAGCAAAGGUUCAGUUGCUGGCCUGCCUAGGCCUUUGGCUGGGGGGAGCUCAUGGCCAGCUCCUCCAGCUUGUGUCACUCCCUCACUUUACCAGUGAUGUUUUUAUAGCUGCUUUAGGCUGCUGGCAAAGUACCAGAGUGCAGAAGGCCAAGGACUUUUCCCUGUGGAGCACUGCAGGGAAUGUAUCGUCUCUGUCUUCCCCUCUUUGCUGUGGGACCCAUCAGUCUGGGGGUUUGUCUGUUUGAUCUAUGACAACUUGGCUCUCUGUCAUUUUGUCUUUUUUGCCCUAAUUGAAAUGUCAUGUUUGUAUGAUUUCAAAUAGUUUAUGAAAGACAGAGAGUAUCUUACCCAAAUGAUUACAUUUAUCGACCAAGCUGAAAUUCAUUAUUCUGUUAAUUGGACUAGUUCUCUUUUUCAUAGACCCAUACCACUCUGUAUUCAUUAUCCUUCCUCCUUCCAUUUAGUAUUCUCAUCCAUCACCAAUACAUGAAGAGAAUGAAUAUCUGAUGUCUGAGAUAAUCCUGUUGUAUCACAGUUAAGUGAAAUAACAAAUCCUCAUUUUUGAGGUUUGAACCAAACCCCCUCAAAACUGGUAAAUUAUUUAUUCCUUAGCUUGGGAGUGGUGCUUAUAUCCCACAUGGGGACAGAGCCAUGGACUUGGUUGUAGAAGAAUUCCAUUAACAAGCCAAGUACUCUGAGGAAUGAUGUUUCACAGCUAACAGAGAGAUGGAUUUAGGAUGUGAACUUUGUAGAGUCCCCUUAGGUUGUCUUAGACCACCAUUUGUAGUAGUGUUGUUUCUUUAUUGCAAAAUUAAUCAUUGUAGAUAAUGUGCUUUAUUAGUGAAGUAAAGAAAUAAAUAAACCAUGGGCUUUAACAUCACAGAUUGACGAGGUGAAAUGAUGGAGAGGGCUGACAAAUCCAGCCGUGUGGGGAAUGCAGUCAGGACACGAUGAGCUGAAGGUGUGGUUCUCUGUCAGUGCCCACAGUGCCCCUAAAAGCCCCCCUGGGACAGGGCAGGGACCCUCUGUCCCCUCUGCCUCACCUUCCUGAGCACAGCAGAGCCUUGGCUGUGGCAGAGAGAAUGCUGCUGCUGCUGCUGAAAUCGCCAAAUUAAUCCAUCCAGUACGAUUCCCCCAACCUCCCUUUUUACAAAGAGGUGCUGUUUCCUAACCCUUUCGGGGCUGCUGCAGCACGGCUGGCUGUGGCUGUGCUGGGGGAGCCUGGCCUGGAGGCUGUCCGUGGUCCCAGGGCAUUCAGGCUGUCCAGGGAUGGAGUCACCACCCCUGCAGUGCUUCAAGAAGUGGCUAGAUGUGGCACGUUGGUUUAGUUGCCACGUUGCUGUUCAGCCAAGGGUUGGACUCGGUGAUCUUGGAGGUCUUUUCCAACCUUACUGACUCCCAGAUUCUGUGAGUGCAGAGCUGGGGCAGGUUGCAGGAGAGCAGGUGCCCUUCCUGAGAAGCUCCUGCUGCCCCAGGCAGCCCUGGCUGCAGCUCAGGGGUGCUUUGAAUCAAAGUGGUUUUUUACCCACUCGUUGGGUGAGGAAUUACUGGGAAUGUGCUGCAGCCCCAGCUGGGUCUUUAGUGCAGGGGAAGGUUUAAGAGCUCAGGGUAAGGAACGAGUUCUUCCUGCAGUGCACGUGGCCUGAGACAUCAGCUGCAGCCGUGGUGCCACCACGGGACCAGGUAAGGUCAGUGCUGUGGAGCUGCUGCUUGGGGUCUCCCUUUCCCAGCUCAGAGCUGGUGCCUGGGGCAGUCUGAGAGCUGCCCUGGCAUCCCCUGGGCUGAAUCUGGCUCUGCUUUAUGUGUCCCUGCAUUUCACUGCUGGCUUAUCUGUGGUCGUUCAACAAAGUGAGAGCAUCAGGUCAGUUUGAGGAGAUGCAGGAAGCCAGGCAGUGUGUUUGCUGAAAAUUUGCAGAAUCUAUUCCUUUACUGGCUUCUUGUAACUGGCAACUCCUGAAGUAUUUUUUGGUCGUGUAAAAAGUGAGACUUGCAGUCAAACUGCUGCAUGUGGGUGCCUUUGCUGUCUUUAGAUUUCUUGUACUGCUCUCCAACAAGAAAAGUUUCCUAAAACCUGCAGUGGGCUAAGUAUAAACUAUGGAGAAAGUGCCCAAGAUCCUGGAUCGUGCUUGUGUGGAGUCAUGUGGGGCAAACAGAUGUUUACUGAAAGGAGAAAGCACAAAAUUCUUCUUAAUUCAGGCACCAUGUAUCUGGCACAGUGUUCCCAGAACGGAGAGAGGGGUGUUUGUGCAGUUCAUGGAUACACUUUGCAUUUUAAAAUGUCAGAUGCUGAUUGUUGGAAUGAGUUCUGGUUUAAGUUACAAGCAUGUGUAUAAGUGCUCAGUCAUACUUUGUGCUGGGAGGCGUCCUCAGUUUUGCCCUGCUGUGGGGUGUCUGGGACAGUGAUGUGCCACCUCUGGGACACUCAGGCUUGCUACAGCCUGGCCUUGUCUGAAGUAUGAACCUUAAAUCCUAAAAUAAAAUACCAUCCUUUUGUGACUCAUUUUAUCCUCCCAAUAAUGUUUAUCUUCUUUGCUCCAGCAUUCCUUCUGUUGAGUUCCACCUGUCUGGCCUCCAGUUUGCAGUUCAGUUACAAACUAAAUACAGUUUUUCUUUCAAGCUGUACAAAAA